GAUUUACUUUGAGCAAGGGGAAAGUUUAGGACGCAAAGUAUUGGAACCAAUCUGUGCGAAAGGAUGAGUGCCGCUAGUGUGAGAUAAUAUAUUUUCUAAUUAUCGUUCAAUUGUUUUGUAGCUCUUUUAAGAAAUGUUUAUGUCAGUGAAUUUUUUGUGAAGCUCAUGGCUUCUGUGGGCUCCUCGAAAGAGGGGACUGCGGGGAGCAGUCAUCGGUCGCUUCCUCAAAGUUCUCAACAACAACAAGGAGGGGGCCAGAGCUUCCAACCCAUGGAUAAAGCUUCAAGCCAGACUGUCAAGUUGAACCCUAAGCUGGAGCUGAGCCACACUGAGCUUUUGAAGUUGCUGUCAUACAUGGAAGCUGAGCUGCAAGCUAGAGAUGUUGUCAUUGCUACACUCAAGACAGAACGAAUCAAGAGCCUUCUAGCAUAUGGAAGAGGAGGAGUUCAUGACCCAGUUCUGGCGCUGCAGCGUGAUGCCUCCUGUGCCACAUCAGCUGCUGCUCGUUCUGAAGGAGACAAUGCCUCACAACUACACAUGCGCAGCCUGCAGGACACGCAGCUCUCCCAGCUAGAGCAUCUUAUAUCUCAGCAGCGCAAAGCUCAUCAGCGCAUGCGACAUGUCCUCAGAGAGGCAGAAAAGCGCCAUAGCCGCGUGGUUGGCGAGCUGGAGGAGGAGCGCAGAAAGCAUGAGCACGACACGGCACAAGGAGAUGAUGUAGCAUAUGCACUCGAGCGGGACAGAACUCGCCUUAAGCAGUAUGAUUGUGGUCAGACGAUGGAGUCGGAGCGCACCCAGCGUCGCGCUGCUGAGGCAGAAGUGGCACGCCUUACAAGUGAACGCGAGCAGAUGCAGCAGCAGCACAAACAGAUGGUGCUGCUGCUGCUUGAAGACAGGAACAGACUGGCGCUACAUGCUGCUCACUACCGCAACAGAGCUGAACAAUUGGCUAAGUUGGUGAGUGAAGAGAAAGGUCGCAUCGACGGCAUGGCGGAGGGUCUGGAGGAGGAAAGCAAGAAGAGCCUGCAGAUGGAGGCUCAGAUGGAGAAGCAGCUCGCGCUCUUCGAUGCUGAACGCCAGCAGAUGAGAGGACUGCUGCAGCGGCGCGACCACAGACUGGAGGAGGUUGAGGCGCUGGUAGAGAAGCUGCAGCGGGACGUGGCCCACUACCAGAAGCAGCUUCAGGAGGCACAUAACGUGGCCAUGUUCCAGCAGCAGCAGCAGCAGUUGUCUGUGUCGCCCCCUCGUCUUGUGGGACCUCCUGCUGCUGCCCUGCACUCCCUUCCCUGCUCUACCCCUCCUGCGUUGACGCCGUCAGUGACAGCGUCGGUGGUGAGUGGAGUGAGCCUAAGCCAGGCCUCUAACAUGGUUAGCCUGCCCUCCCUGAGCCCCAACACCUGCACCUCUUCCCUGGCUCCCUCUGAUGUAUCCGGCGCCCCACCUGGCCAGUCCUCUACCCUGCCUCCUUCCGUGCGUCUUGCCCCAGCCUCUAAGCCUCGGCCUCAGCCUCCACAGCUGCCAGCCAAGCCGCCUCAGCUCAGCCACCAGCCUGCGAGACAGGCAGGUACUUUACCUCCCCCUAAAGUAGCGGCGCGUGUGAGAGCUUCCUCCCCAGGCAGUGAGGAUUCAUCCAAUCACUCGCAGCUGUUAUCUAGUCAAUCCCUCGCUAGUCAUCCUUCCGCGUCCUCAGCUCACGCACAUUCAUAUUCACCUUAUCCAAUAAGCACACAUUCCGCGUGCUUAGUUGCCAAUGAAACUACUGGCAUUUCCUCACCGCUGCUAGGCGGAGCCAGCUAUGAUUCACCUUUAAGUUUGACUCAUCUUGGAGGAGGCACUUACGAAUCAUCAGGUAUGAAUCUCAUGGGCCAGGGAGGCUUCGAGAAUCAAGCUUCCUUGGCCAGCACUGGACACAGCAAAGCCGUGCAGCUCUCCGCCACCGUUAAUUCUGUUCCCGUUUCCUUGCCCACGACUGGCAUAGCCCGUGCAGUGCAGCCGCCACGUGCUGUUCUGUAUGCUUCAAACCAAGGCGACGAAUGCGUGUCCACUGCCUCGGUUGUUGGUGGCAGUGCCGCUUCUCAUGGCAGCAGUGCCACGUCUCAUGGCAGUGCCACGUCCCAGGUGGUGCAGUUGUCACCGCGAGUAAACGUGUCAGCUACAGGCACUGGCAAAGUCAUCGCAAGUAACCAAGGCGGCAAAUUCACUUUCCAAGUGACCCAAACUUCGUAGGUGUGUCUUGGCAUCUGAAACUAAAGAAGACAACUUGAGUGAACCCGCACUAGUGGAACAACCAUCGCUACCUUCACUUCUGCAGGGGAUUGUUGUAAAAGUUCUGUACGGAUCGCUCCUCUUAUUGUAAUCGGGACCGUCUAAAUGUUCUUGUUAAGCUAUUUUCGUAUGGCAACAUCUGGCCUGUACAAGAUUGAACCUGUAGCCUCUUGUUCAUCUAAAUUUUGUAUUUAAUGCAAUUGUUGAUUAUAUUUCGUAGUGUGGUCUGAUCUUUCAUUCAGUGUCUGACAUGACCACUUUGUUCUUAACAGUUAUUUGUAUUAUUGUCUGAUCAUCAGACUCUGAGAAAGGCAUUAGUUGUUCACAAUUAGUUGUCUGAUCAUAUUGGCCGGAAAAAGAUUUCCGCCAUUCGAGGAGAGCUUCAAGGAUGCCGAAUGUGACCAAUGAAUCAGCGGCAUUAUGUAUAAUGUAAACUGACAUUUAUUUAAGUAUGAUGAGGCUCUGUUUUAUAUAAGCUAUGCAGGCGACUGACAUAAUGGCAGCGUACUUGCUUGGCUCCGACUAUAGUAGAUGCUUGCAAUGCUGUCGGUUAGUUGCAUUUCUUAUGCUGUCCAAGACUAUUUGAUAAUUUAUUUUAAAAUAUGAUUACCCUUCUCUACAAUGAUCUGUACUACUCUUACUGCAAUUUUGAUAGUCAUUGUUCAGUAUAAUUCCUUAGUGUUUUUGAGU